GCGGCGGCCGACCGAAUGGCGGACAGCCCCAGUCCCGACAGCGAGCCGACGACGCGCACGCUACUGCGGCGCGUGCUGGACACAGCGGACGUUCGCUCCCCGCGGCGGCGCCGGAGUGCCCGGAAUGCCAUCCAAAGAAGUGUAUUUGAAACAACAUCCUCUAGGAGCCUGGGUAGCCAAACAAAGACGUCUGUCAGAAGACGUUCCCAUGGAGCCAGGUCGAUUGGCAGAUUGGCUCAUGUUCAAGCCAGUGCAUACCUGGAGAAAGACACACCACGGACUCUGUUGAAGAACAUCCUACUAACUGCCCCAGAAUCUUCCAUCAUGAUGCCAAACCCAGUGGUGAAGCUAGUGCCAUUAUCACAGGUGGUCCAGUCCUACAGACGGGAAAGCAGCCAGGGCAGCCUGGAGCUGCAACUUCCUGAACUGGAUCCCCCAACAACCCUGGGUCCAGGUCUUCCAACCUCUAGCCGGAAGAAGCAAAGGCUAAGAUUAUCAGUGUUUCAGCAAGAAGUGAACCAGGGGUUACCCCUCUCUCAAGAGCUUCCAGUGAAUGCUGAUUCUUCAUCCUUCACCAGGUCCCUCAACCUGACCUUUACCACACCUCUUCAGCCACAGUCUGUGAGGAGACCUGGUUUGGCUCGUAGACCUCCCACACGCCGGGCUGUAGAUGUAGGUGCCCUUUUGCAGGACCUGCAAGAUAAUUCCGUGGCCUCAGCUCCUCCAGGUGAUAGCCUCAGAAUCCCUGUUGCUACUCAGCCAACAAACAUAGUGUUGGAGGACACCCAGCCCUUCUCACAACCCUUGGUCAGCUCCUUCCCCAGUGUGCAUCACUCCCUGCCCCACCCUCCUCACACUGGGGUUGAAGAUGCUGAGAGGACUUUGGAUCGCAGAACAUGGAACAGUGGGCUUGAGCUGCAGGACCACAUGAGCAGGACUGACUAUGCUACCACAUCUUCACCCAUCUCGGAGCUACAGCCUCCACUUCCAGAGGUAACAGAAGCAGCAGGAUCUGAAGAGGCUGUGAGGGUCAAGGAACUAGAAGGAUCUUCAGAGGAUGAGGACACUUCUGGUGAGCCAGCAAGUCCAGAAUUGGCCACCAGUACCCCUGAGUUACUCCAAGCCAAGCAAUCACAUGAGUUUCUUGAGCUGCCCCCACCACCUGGUGUUGGAGUCUUACCUUCAGAACCUCUGGAGCCUGUGCCAGCCAGACUUCCUUCCAGGCCCCGAGCUGCAGGCCCCAGACCCUACCGUGAUCCCUACAGGACUGGACUGAGCCACUAUGUGAAACUCUUUAGCUUCCAUGCUAAGAUGCCCAUGGAAAAGAAGGCUGUUGAGAUGGUAGAGAGAUGCCUAGACAAAUAUUUCCAGAACCUUUGUAAUGAUCUGGAGGUGUUUGCUGCUCAUGCUGGCCGCAAGACUGUGAAGCCAGAGGACUUGGAGCUGUUGCUGCGACGGCAGGGUCUAGUCACUGAUGAAGUCUCAAUGCAUGUGCUUGUGGAGCAACACCUGCCCAUGGAGUACCGUCAGCUGCUCAUCCCCUGUGCGUUCAGUGGCAAUUCUGUCUUCCCUGCCCAUUAGGUAGGCAGACCUAAUAUUUUCUCUGUCCCAACCUGGGAACCAUUGAGUCCACAUAAUCCUCAAGGUCUCCUCCCAUGUCCUAGCAUCAAUAAAAUGUCACAAACAGAA